AUGAAACCGCAGCGGCAGAACGUCCUGGAGGGUGGUCUAACCAUUUCUCGACGCAUAUUCUCAAGAUUGCCGUCGAAGUCCAUAGCGAGAUGCCGUUGCUUAUCCAAGCUAUGGGCGUCAACGCUUCGAGGUCAAGGUUUCACAGAGUUGUUCUUGACCAGAUCUCGCGCUCGCCCUCAGCUUCUAUUCGCCUUCCAAGAUGACAGUGAGGUUGUCUUUUUCUCGUCGCCUCAGCCUCAAAAUCCGGAAGAGAACUCGUGGGUUGUAGCAACCAAUCAUCUUGCGCGUUUCCCAUCUUACCAUGGAAUCUAUAGUUGUUCUACCUAUGGAUUCUUCUGUUAUAAAGCUGAAAAGGAGCAGAAAAGGCCAGUGUCAGUGUGUGUUCCGGCGAUAUGUAACCCCAACACGGGACAGUCCACCUUGCCAAUAUUGAUCUCGAAAAAGAGGUAUGGAGUGCAGAGCUAUCUUGGAUAUGAGCCGAUGGAGAAAGAACUCAAGUUAUUGUCGAUGAACAGCUCGCGUGAUGGUGAGAGUAUCUCUGUGGAGCGCCAAGUUCUGACAUUAGGAACCAAGAAUUUGUCAUGGAGUGGCGUUUUGUACUACGCAGCAUCAGUCAACGAUUCAUCCCCGUAUUCCAUGGUAGCUUGUUUUGAUUUGAGCUCUGAGAAAUUCAGCUUUGUGAAGUUCGUGGAAACUUUCAGUAAAUCAAUGGAGUAUUCAACGAAAAUGGUAAACUACAAUGGCAAGUUAGGCUUGCUUCUGUCGAGGGAUUCUAGUUUUGUUACUCGAGCAAAUACAAGUUUUGAACUGUGA